GGCUCUCUCCGGGUGCACCGAGUCGUUUAGCGUUCUUUCCCGGGAAGACCUGACUGAAAAUCUGGAAAAAGGAUCGGGAAACUACUGGAGGCAUAUUGCGCUUGCGCACGAGGGUGGGGCCGGAAGUCGAGGCGGAGUGACUCUGCUUCCGCCUCUGGUUUUGCUCCAGUGUUUGGGUUUCUUCGCGGCCGCUCGAGAUGAACCGAUUCUUCGGGAAAGCGAAACCCAAGGCUCCGCCGCCCAGCCUGACUGACUGCAUUGGCACGGUGGACAGCAGGGCAGAAUCCAUUGACAAGAAGAUUUCUCGAUUGGAUGCUGAUCUAGUAAAGUACAAGGAUCAGAUCAAGAAGAUGAGAGAGGGUCCUGCAAAGAAUAUGGUCAAGCAGAAAGCAUUGCGAGUUUUAAAGCAAAAGCGGAUGUAUGAGCAGCAGCGAGACAAUCUCGCCCAACAGUCAUUCAACAUGGAACAAGCUAAUUAUACCAUUCAGUCAUUGAAGGACACCAAGACCACGGUUGAUGCUAUGAAACUGGGAGUAAAGGAAAUGAAGAAGGCAUACAAGCAAGUGAAAAUCGACCAGAUAGAGGAUUUACAAGACCAGCUAGAGGAUAUGAUGGAAGAUGCAAAUGAAAUCCAAGAAGCACUGAGUCGCAGUUACGGCACCCCAGAACUGGAUGAAGAUGACCUAGAAGCAGAGUUGGAUGCACUGGGUGAUGAGCUUCUGGCUGAUGAAGACAGUUCUUAUUUGGAUGAAGCAGCAUCUGCACCUGCAAUUCCAGAAGGUGUUCCCACUGACACAAAAAACAAGGAUGGAGUUCUGGUGGAUGAAUUUGGAUUGCCACAGAUCCCUGCUUCAUAGAUUUGCAUCAUUCAAGUAUAUCUUGUAAAACAAACACAUAUUAUGGGACUAUCUUUCCAAAUUUACCAUAACAGAUUUAGGUUUCUUUCCUUGCUUUGAAGGAAAGUUUAAUAAUACACUGCUCUUUUAUUUUUUCCAUUAAGAGACUCAUUGCUUGGGAAAUGCUUUCUUUGUACUAAAAUUUGAUCCUUUUUUUUCUUAUGAAAAAUGAACUUAGUUUAAAAGUAUCUUUGGCUUGUAUGACUUGUUUCCAUUCAUUAAUGAUAAUUUGAAAUAAAACUAAGGAAAUGGAAUCUUAAAAAUCUAUGACAGUGUAACUCUACAGUCUCAGAAUGACUUGGUAAAUCGUUAAGACAAAGAUGAGAUUAUUGGGGCUGUUCAUAUUAUGAGUCACAAUCCUUUUCUAUUGUGUUAUUAUAGGUUGGUUAAAUUGAUGGGUUUAGUUGUGUCUUGUGAACAAAACAUUACUAUGUCCAGUAUUGGAAUGGAAUUAUCACUACUGUAUCAUGAGUGGGUAUUUUGAUUCUAUAGUUCCCUCAGUAUUACAUCUUGACUUGUAAUCAAUAAUGAAUAUUUCUUGAUAUUUAAUGUAUAGGACAUUUAUUUAUACUCAAUAAAUAUUUUUCAAAAGGA